AAAUAAUAAUAAUCAAAGCUUAUCUUUUUAUUGAAAAUCCCAAACCGCAUUCCAACGUCGCUGUUACUCGAUCGGGCACCUCCUUCCUUGCUUGCUUAUUUGACGAGCAAUAAAUACCCACCAUUUUUCAUCACACUCACAAUUCAGAAAAGAUCCCCAUUUAAUUAAACAGAGAGAAGAAGAAGAAGAAGAAAUAAAAUCGGAAGAAAUGAGCAGCUCAAAGGGAAGAACAACGCUUGACGUUGGAGCUGACGGCGUUGGAAUCGUCACCAUCAUCAAUCCUCCUGUCAAUUCUCUUUCGUUUGAUGUGUUAAACAGCUUAAAAGACACUUGCGAACAGGCCUUGAGAAGAGAUGAUGUGAAGGCAAUUGUCAUCACAGGUGCACAAGGAAAAUUUUCUGGGGGUUUUGAUAUCAGUGCAUUUGGGAAAAUUCAAGACAAAAGCAUCCAAGCUCCAAAACCUGGAUUUGUAUCAUUGGAGAUUCUUAGUGAUGUUGUGGCAGCUGCGACAAAACCCUUUGUGGCUGCUGUUGAUGGUCUUGCCUUGGGUGGCGGAUUAGAAGUUGCAAUGGCCUGUCAUGCACGUAUAUCCACCCCUAAUGCUCAACUAGGAUUACCUGAACUGCAGCUUGGAAUAAUUCCUGGAUUUGGAGGAACACAGGCGCUUCCACGCCUUGUAGGUAUAGCUAAAGCCCUUGAAAUGAUGCUGACAUCAAAACCUGUAAAAGGCGAGGAGGCCUUAAGUUUAGGCCUUGUCGAUGCUGUUGCUUCACCAGCUGAGCUGGUGAACACUGCUCGAAGAUGGGCUCUCGAUAUUUUGGAGCGUAAAAGACCAUGGGUUAUCAGUUAUUACAAGACCGACAAGUUGGAAUCUCUAGGUGAGGCGAGGGAAAUACUAAACUUUGCUCGAGUUCAGACACGUAAACGAGCUCCAAACCUCAAGCAUCCAUUGGUAUGCAUUGAUGUUAUCGAGGAGGGUAUCGUCUCUGGUUCUCGUGCUGGGCUUUGGAAGGAAGCUGAAGCAUUUCAAAUUCUCUUGGAAUCAGAUACUUGCAAGAGCUUGGUUCAUUUUUUCUUUGCUCAACGUGGUACAACUAAGGUACCAGGUGUGACUGAUCUAGGGUUGAAACCGAGGAAAAUAAACAAGGUUGCUAUACUUGGUGGAGGGCUAAUGGGAUCAGGAAUAGCAACAGCAUUGAUUCUCUCAAAUUACACUGUUAUUCUCAAAGAAGUCAAUGAUAAGUUCUUACAAGCCGGGAUUGGUAGAGUAAAAGGAAAUUUGCAAAGCCGCGUAAAGAAAGGGCAAAUGAGUACAGAGAAGUUUGAGAAAACUCUUACUUUGCUCAAGGGUUCUCUCGACUAUGAAAGCUUUAGAGAUGUAGACAUGGUUAUUGAGGCUGUCAUCGAGAAUGUAUCCUUGAAGCAGCAAAUAUUCUCGGAUCUCGAGAAAUACUGCCCCCCACACUGCAUACUUGCUAGCAACACUUCUACUAUUGAUCUGGACUUAAUCGGAGAGAGGACGAAAUCUCAAGAUCGUAUUAUUGGAGCUCAUUUUUUCAGUCCAGCUCAUGUGAUGCCGCUUUUGGAAAUUGUUCGCACUCAAAAGACUUCUCCUCAAGUAAUAAUAGACUUACUCGAUGUGGGGAAGAAAAUAAAGAAAACCCCAGUUGUCGUCGGAAAUUGCACCGGCUUUGCUGUGAACAGAAUGUUCUUUCCUUACACUCAAGCUGCACUUUUACUGGUAGAGCGUGGUGUGGAUGUCUAUCAGAUAGACAGGGCAAUCACCAAAUUUGGAAUGCCUAUGGGUCCAUUCAGGUUGUGUGACCUUGUCGGUUUUGGUGUUGCAAUUGCUACGGGUGGACAAUUUGUCUUGAAUUUCCCAGAAAGAACUUACAAGUCCAUGAUUAUACCACUCAUGCAAGAGGAUAAGAGAGCAGGUGAAACCACCCGUAAAGGAUUCUAUGUGUAUGACGAAAAACGAAAGGCAAGCCCUGAUCCAGAAAUUAAGAAGUACAUCGAAAAGUCGAGGGAGAUCUCUGGUGUUACUAUCGACCCAAAGCUAACAAAAUUAUCAGACAAGGAUAUUGUGGAGAUGAUAUUCUUACCCGUGGUGAAUGAAACAUGUCGCGUACUUGCUGAAGGCAUUGCUGUCAAAGCUGCUGAUCUUGAUAUAUCUGCUGUGAUGGGCAUGGGCUUCCCUCCUUAUCGGGGUGGGAUAGUGUUUUGGGCUGAUUCUCUUGGAUCGAAAUACAUAUGCUCGAGAUUGGAGGAAUGGUCGAAUUUGUAUGGAGGGUUUUUCAAGCCUUGCUCGUAUUUGGCAGAACGAGCUGCAAAGGGUGCUCCAUUGAGCUUGACUGUGGACCCCACAAAGUCGCGCUUAUAAGGCCGAUGCUCGAUUUUCCCGUGCUGUGUCGGAAGUUUGUAUGGUGCUGUAAUAUCUUGAUUGCAUGGUUUUAUGCCGAGGAUAGCAAAAUAAUGGAAUUGGGAAGUGGAAUAAAUGUGUAAUUUCAAGAAUUGGAGAUGGAGAAUAAAAACUUUAUACCAGUAACUUUAGCUUUUAUUAUUAUUUUUAUUUAUUGUUAUUUUUAUUUUUGUUAUUGUUUUUAUAUUAUUGUUAGUAUUUAUUCUGAAAAUUCACUGAUUAUAAAGAA